AUGUUGGCUAAAGUACCAGCCGGCGGAGUUAAAACUCGUAAAGGUUGCCGUACUAGUAAAGGGGAUACAAAGAAGGUUAAGCGGCUUUUGGUGCGCCGCAAUAACAUUAUUGGUUCGGCUAAAUUGAUAAGGGAGUAUGACGCUAAUUUCGUGUUUAAGCGAGACUCUCCGCAAAUCACAAUUCGCAUUGAAAAGCUUGAUUCACUUUGGGAUGAAUUUAUUGAAAUCCAAGCUGAAAUCGAAUGUGAACACGAGAUCAGUGACGAGCUCGCUGAUGAGCGUGUUGAGUUUGAAACAAUAUAUUUCGAGCUAAAGGGAUCCCUGUCGAAUAAACUAGCAUUAGUUACAAAUGAGUUCUCCCCCCUACCAACCUCGCCUACUGCUCUACCUACUCAAACGUUCGGUGUCCGAUUGCCAGAGAUUAAUAUCCCAGAGUUCAAGGGCGACUUUGAUGAAUGGAUGAACUUCAAUGACUUGUUCAAUACUCUCAUAUACAGUAACACUCAGUUGUCGCCAAUACAAAAAUCUCAAUACUUGAAGGCUGUUUUGAAGGGAGAUGCUCUUCGUUUGGUACAAUCACUGGCUGUGAGCUCAGCCAAUUAUAUGACUGCAUGGGAUUUGCUCAAAAAACGAUUCGAUAACAAAAAUUAUCUGAUCAAACAACAUCUAUCUGCACUUCUCUCCUCUCACACUCUCAAAAGAGAGUCUUCAUUUGCGCUUUCGGAUUUGGCGGACACAUUCGAAAAACACCUUGGCUUGUUAAACAAAUUAGAAGACCCACAGGAUCAUUGGAACUCCUUUUUGGUUGAGCUAUUGAGCAGUCGGAAUGGGAAUGGGAAAAUCAUUUGGAUGAUGAAUCUCGACCCACCCAUAAUGAUUUGA